AUGUGGCAUGUUAUGGCUGCCUUUGUUCUAAAAGCAGAUAGAAUGUUUAAGAAUGUGAUGUUCGAAAUUACACCUGGUGAAGAGGUAGGUGACUUUGAUAUCAAAGCUAAAUUAUUAGGUGUGCAUAUGGAAAAGUUACAGCACCAUUUUCAGGCCGCCUCCGCCACACUUAGCGCGCUUCCUCGCUCCUCCGCCUGCGGUCACACACAGCAGCCCGGGGAGACUUCGGAGGCGACGGCAGGAGCUGCCCCCUUUGCGCCCGCGAGCUCGGUGCUUUUGCCCGGUGAGGCGGCCAUGGGGCACUCGCCGGUCUCGCUUUUGCUGCUGGGCUGUAGCGCGGUGCUGGUGUGUCCCCUGCUCUGCCUUCCGUCGUCGGGAAACGGAUCUUUCGCUCAGAUUGGACCAAAAACCUUUUCCUUCUAUUCAGCAGAAGAAGAAUUUGAAAAAAUCCCAUUGGGAGACGAUGACACUGAAAGCAAUUCAGAAAUGGGAUCGGGUUCUAUCAAUGAAAGUAUAUUCCGUGGAGAAACACGAAUGCUGCCAACUGAACGGAUCUCUGGAGAUAUCAAGGAGUACCUGACUAGUGGAUGGCUGACCGUUUUUGUUCCAUCAGUUUAUACCUUAGUUGUCAUGCUGAGUCUUCCUCUGAACGUCAUGGCAAUUCUUGUGUUCCUGAUAAAAAUGAAGGUGAAAAAGCCAGCUGCGGUGUACAUGCUCAACCUGGCUUCUGCGGAUGUUCUCUUCGUGAGUGUGCUUCCUUUUAAGAUUGCCUACCAUUUUUCUGGGAACAAUUGGGCAUUUGGACCUGAAAUGUGUCGUUUUGUCACUGCUACCUUCUACUGCAACAUGUACUGCUCUAUCCUGCUGAUGAUGGUGAUAAGCAUGGACCGUUUCCUAGCAGUGGUGUACCCAAUGCAGUCUCUGUCAUGGCGCACGCGAAGGCGUGCCUUUGUGGUCUGUCUUGCCAUCUGGCUUGUAGCAAUAGCUGGGGUGAUACCUCUGCUAAUCAAUGAACAAACCCAAAGAAUCCCUCAGUUAAACAUCACAACGUGUCAUGAUGUGUCAAACAAUGAUGAUCUUAAAGGCUAUUACCUUAUUUUUUUCACCGUUUUCUCUUCUCUUUUCUUUUUUGUGCCAUUAAUUGUUUCUGCCGUUUGCUAUGUGUGUAUCAUUCGGAGUCUCAGCUCUUCCAAUGUUGCUGCAAAGCAGAGCAAGAAAACACGGGCUUUGUUAUUGUCUGUAGCUGUUUUCUCCAUUUUUAUUAUGUGCUUUGGUCCAACCAAUGUCUUUUUGUUAAUUCACUACAUCAGCUUUUCUUACAAAAACUACUUGGGGAAUAUCUACUUUGCCUAUCUCAUCUGUGUCUGUACUAGCAGUAUAAGUUGCUGCAUUGAUCCUUUGAUCUAUUAUUACACCUCUUCUGAAUGUCAGCGACACCUUAUCCAUCUUUUUUGCUGUAAAAAGACCUCUGAAUCCUGCAGUACCAGUACCAGUGGCCAAUUAAUGACUAGGACCAGUAGAAGGGCUACUUGCACCAGUACACUUGGUAACAGUGUCUACAGGAAGCUAUUAACAUAGGGUUGCAAUCAGCUAAGUUUUGUUCAAAGUAGACUAACUGAAAUUAAUGGAACCAAAUAGUUACGUCCAUGAAUUUCAGUGGGUCUGUUCUUACUAUGACAAACAUUUGCUACAACUCAUAUUGUUUUGUGGACAAAAGUACAUUUUGUGCACUUAUUAUUUAUAUAGCUAUAUAUUUAAACUAUUUUACUGAAGAAUAGCCAUAUCACAUUUUUCACAUGGUUAACAUGUUUGUUAACAAAAUAAAAAAAUUCCUUCAGUAGCACCUUAUAGACCAACUAAGUUUUCUUUAAGGUGCUACUGAAGGAAUUUUUUUAUUUUGUUUCGACUCGGACCAACACGGCUACCUACCUGCAUGUUUGUUAACAGAUAACCUGUCAUUAAAAAGGAUGUAGGCUAUGGGGAGGGAAGAUAAAGACUCAAGGAGGUGUUGAAACAAUUUACCCAGAUAUGUACUGCAUCCCUGUUUAUGUGACACACACACACACACAGAGAGAGAGAGAGAGAGAGAGAGAGAGAGAGAGAGAGAGAGAGAGAGAGAAGUAUUAAUGUGAUUCUACAGACAAUGUUAUAAAUAGAUCACUUAUGGCUGAAAACCUCCAACAACUAAAAUCUACAAACUGUUAAACAGACUUCAAACUUUUAUGCAUUGUUUGCCACGUUAUAGUCAGGCCCGUCUUAACCACAUCGAGCGCUGUGGCGCAAAGGUCCCUCUGCCCCCCCACUCACCGUGGAUGCAGAGGAGGGACAUGGCAUGGGCGGGGCGGGCACCAAGGGCGGGGUGGGCUCAGGGGCGUCGCAGCGGGUGGGCCGAGCUGCCUGGUCAUCCUCCGGGGCGCCAGCACCUCCUCCUCCAGCACGGAGGCCUCUGCUGGGGGGGGAGGUGCCGCGCAGCGCCCAGCCUCUCAUCCUCCUCAUGCCCCCAACCCACCAAGUUGAGGCUGGGACUCGAACCCACGGCGAGCGGGCGGGAAGGAGGCAAGGAGCAGGGUGAGUGGGAGGGCGGCCGGGUGGGCAGGCGGCAGCGCCUGAGGGGCAGCCCACCGAGAGGCAAGCCGGAGACCCCAUCGCGAAGGGUGACGCCGCCACGCAGCCAAUCACCACACGUGGCUGGCACGGGAGGGGCAGAGCCAGGCCAGCCAGGCCGAGAGAGAGAAAGGGCACUCUGCGCAAGCUCAGGAGCCCCCUUGCCCGCCCCGCUGUGCGCCCGGCUCGCCGUCGCUGAGCCGUGGCCCCCAGACCACUUUCCUGGCGCCCUCCAGCGCCCGGCACCGUGGUGCACCGCGCCACUAGCCUCUAUGGCUAGGAUAGGCCUGGUUAUAGUAGCCCUCUGAACGAAAUCACUGUUUCCAUUUACAAAUUGGCUUUGGAUGCUAAGAGACACUGAUUUCAUUCAAAGCUGCCUAAUGACCUUAUAACUAAAGAUAUAUUUAGUUGAUGAUUCCUGAAAUUAAAUGAAUCAGUGGUCUUUUUUUAACACCACUUUUCUACUUUGUAGUAUAUGGUUGAGCCUUCUGAAAUGCAUUCUGCAUAUUUCAUUAUUUUGCUCUACAUAUUUUGGCUGCCUUAGAAGCUAGAAACUGAAAGAUUUCCUUAAAAGACAAAUGAGUCAAUAUUUGCAAUUUGGUGUUGUCACACAAAGUUCAAGUCAUGAUAAGCCUUUUUACUGUUCUGUUGAAUAUAAACAAUGGACUUUUGACUCAUGAUUGAGACCUGGAUAUUGAUUUUACAGAACAAAUUGGCUUGCAUCCUGACCUUUUGCUCUUUUACAAAGAGACACAGUACUUUAUAAAAGGGCUAUUUCCAUGAACAUAGUUAUCCUUCCAUGAGUAGAAGCAAAAAGUUAUAACUAGCCAGAAAUGGUUGCUAGUUGGUGUUACUGUGUACCCAUCACAACUAUGCAUUGAAUAGCCUAGUUACAUUCUAUUAAUGUGGUUUAACAUGGACUAGAUCACACUGUCAACCAAGUAGUUUGGAGAUGUCCAAAUAUUUGAAGAAUCAGAGAAAAGUUAUGCUGGCAUAUUUAUUUUGAGCUGGUUCCACUGUAAGUCUUAUACUGAACAUGUGUUUCUACUUUUUAAAAUAGAGUGAAACUCCAAGUAUCCUGUUUAGAAUGUAUUUUCACCAGGUCUUUGCUUUUGGUGGGCACGUCUCCACAGAUGAUUUAGUUAUUCUGUAGCUUCGUUUUUUCCUAAAAUGUGUCAUACCUUGAUCAUGUGUGUGAAACGCAUUUAAAAAACAGACUGAGGCGCUGCAACAUUAUAGAAAUCGAAUUAACCCACACUCAGUAAUUGAAAAUUACAAGUGAGCCCUAGGACAUCAAAAUGAAUUAAAUAUGACUUGUCUUUACAUAAAUUACUUUUACUUUCAUUAUCAGUUGAAUUUAGGUUUUUAAUUGAUGCAUUCAUUUAACACAGAAACUGUAGUAAGUUUCUACUCUAGAAUCCCAUAGGGUUUCUAAUGUAACAAAAAAGCAAAGUGUUGCAUCUACUGAGUGCAAAAGCAUUGAUCCAACAGAACCAUCCAUUAAUGGAAGAGGCAAGGGGACACUUUUUGCCCAUUCUCCCUCCCUCCCUUCUAUAGCCAUAAUUAUGAAAAACCUACUCUGGAUGCUCUCCCAAACCUUCAGAACAGAUUUUUGGGUAGUGCCGGAGACUGCGAAAAUCAGCAAAAUUUGCAUGCCUUUCUCUUCCAUCAACAGUUGCCUCUGCUGGAGCAACAUCUAAACAUUCUAAACAUACAUUUUGUUUAAGUGUGGAUAAUAUAAUUACCAAACGAGAGAAGUAAAACUACUACUUGUCUACUCAAAAGUAAGUCCUAUUGAUUUCAAUUACCGAUGCUCUUAAACAAGUAGAUAUAGGCUUAUAUCCUAAAACUCAUAAUCUGAAGCAGCAUUUUAAAACUGAGAAGAAGUGUCUGCUAAUCUGUCAGCAGGUAUUCACAGCAUUCUAACAAUUUUAUUUGGGAUGUAUUGCAUUGUUGUAUUGUUUUCCAUUUUUGUGUGUGAAAAGAUGUAAAAGGGUAUUUAGCUGGGUUUGAUAUAGGAGGAAAUACCUGUUAUAGGAAGAAUAUUAAUGGUUGUGGCCAACUAAGUUAUACUCAGAGUGUACACAUUGAAAAUAGUGGACCUAAGUCUUUCAUGUCCAUUAUUUUCAAUGGGUCUACUCUGAGCUGGACUGACAUUGGAUAUGACCCAGUAUUGACUUCUAUUUUCUUCCUGGGUCAAAUACCUAUCAAAAUACAUUUAAUGUAAAGUAAUUUAACCAUACAUUUUUAAUUUUAUUGAUGUACAAACAUAAGUAAAAUGUGUAAAUAUUUCAUAAUUUUGGAAGUUAUAUUAUUAUAUAUUCAUAUUAACCAAAUAAAUUAUGGUAUUUGCUUUCUUAAAACUAUAAUGUUGAUAGACAUAUGUUUAUUAUUAUGUUUGAAAAUUGAGUUAACCUGCACUAAUAAAAAACUUUUUAUCUGCUUCAUUUGUUGUGUGUCAAAACCUAUGCCAUGAUACAAGUUUGUCAUACAUGACAUCCAGCCUGAUAUAUUUUCACUGCUCUGAAACAUGUAAACCUUGAAUAUUCCAAAAGCUUCAGUCAGGUUGCUUAAAACUAAUCUUCUAUCCGUAUCCCACAGCAACAAAGAUAAUAUUUUUAAAUGUUUGAAACAAGUAACUGUGACAGUUUGUAGGAAUCAGCCAUUUUGGUCUUGCAUUAUUGUUCGGUGACAAGAAGGCUAAACUACAAAGAAGGGGCAAUCUAUGGUCUUUGUGGUGUCUAUGGUAGAGGAACUGAAAAAGUACAGUUUGGCAGCGUGUCAGGCCAAUCAAGGUUCUUCAGGCUGCUAGGCUCCCUUGUUUCCCCCAGGCAAAAGCUGCAAUGGCCUAAGGCAUGACAUGGUUCAUUCCUUUGCCCUGGCCUGCCCUAGCUGAUAUGGUUUAGGAAAUAGUGGUAAUGCCACCAUGAAUCUCCCCCUGCGGUAGGAUCGCUCUGCUCCAAAAUGCUGAAUCCAUAGGCAGCAAUUAUCCAAUACUGCUACUUUACGUGUGCUUUUUAAAAUAUCACUUCCAUUGCACGCCUACUUCACAGGCUUUGUAUGCAUAAGCUCCCAGGUGGUUCGGUCCCAGGGCUGGAAAUCUCCCCUGACUGAAACCCAGAAGAGCCAUUCAGUUUAGGAUCACAAACCAAGGCAGGUUCACAUAGCUAGCCAGUGAUAACCAUGAUGAAAGGUGCUGCAUUGCUGUGGGGAAGAAGCCCCUCUUGAGAUGACUAUGCUGUAAGAUCUAGGCUCCUUCUGUGGCGAUUAGCCCCAGAGCCAGGCCCGAACAAGUAAGGGUUAAAUUUUGUGCCAGUUAGAACCCAGAGGGGCGGGCUCAGCCAGGGUAUAAAAAGCCUCCUCCCUGUGGAGAGAGGGGAGAGGAGUGUGAGGAGAGAGAGGAGAGAAGAGGGAGAGUGAGGAGAGUGAGAGCUAAGAGUCCGAAGUGAGAGCUGGUCGGUGGUAGUUAGCAGACAGGAUAACCAGUUAUUGUGAAACCUGUUGUGUUUAUUAAUUAGCUGUUUAUAGCGGUAGUAGGCCGGUAACUUUAUAGUGGUAAUAGGCCGGUAUAGGUCAUCUAUCAUAAGUUUAUUGAACACUGUUUAUAAGCUUUUGUACACAAUAAAGCAACUUGUUUAUUCACAUCGUCCUCGUCAAAAUGAGUAGGUACCAGUUAGCAGUCUGGUGAGCUGCAGCUGAGGUACCAUUUGUCAUUGGUGCAGUACUCAUAGACUGUGAAACGUCCGGGGGUGCUGAACAGGUCUGCAGGGACCGUGACACCUUCCAUCUGAAUUCAGGUGUAAAUAUGCAAAUAGUCAUAUUUCUUAAAGGUGCAAAGGAACCCAGACCGUGAGUGAGCACCUGGGUCCGUCCCCGUCCCCGUCCCCCCCGGAAUCCUUCUACAGCUCAGCAGAGAUGGCACCCAACCUCUGUAACACUGUUUCCUAUUUUCUUAUUCCAUUGUGCCUCCAUGAGUUGGGCAAGAUAGUGGGUCAGGAUCAUAAACUUCUUUAUAACCAUCCCAGAUAAAACGUUCUUGUAAUCUUUCAAGAGUUUUACUUAAUUGCAGCCUUUGUGGAAUCCUGUAAGUAUCUGCAGUUUUUUUAUACCUGGACUACAAGAAGUUCCAGAAUGUGUAUGUGUGGCAAUGUUGGGACAUAGAAGUACCUCAUUAUAUGAGUAUCAAUGCGGACUAAGAGAACUGCUUUAUGAAACAGCCCUAACUUUUCCAAGUUUAUCUGUCCCAUUUGACUCAUAAUCUGUGUCCAAAUCAGCUUUGUUAAAAAGGAAGCUCUCUUUCCCAUUAUUCAUUGUUAUGGGGAUGUGAAAAUGGCUAAACCCCGCCCUCAUUUUUACUGAUGUGGAUGAAAUUUACAGGAAGAGGAGUUUCUCCAGAGUGGAUUAAGCCUGCCAAAUUGCAGGCAGAUAUCUCCCAAUGCAGGAACCCUUAAGUGAUACAAAUAUUGUUUCAAUUACACGAAGUCAUAUGGUAUGCUCUCUUCCAUUAUUGUUUGUACAGUGUUUGUAAAGAAGUAUGUUUGCCUUGGUAAAGUUUUUCUUUUUUACUGUUUAUUUUGACUGCGUUUUCACUUAGCUGCGCGACAUAUCUAUCAUCUAUCUAUCUAUCAUCUCUUUUUCACUGCCAGGAGAUGGAACCUGCUAGAUUUCAAACUGAUAGUCAUAGUAAUUCUUCCACAGGGGCAGAAGUGAACAUUUCUGUGUGAAUAAAAUUUGUUAAUCCUUCCCUUCUAUUGUUUUUUAUACAGUUGGUCUGAAAAUUUGCAGACAUCUGAGAAGAGGAAAAGGGGAUAACACUACAAAAAUACACAAUAUCAAAUGGAAAUAAAGGAUCCUAAAAGGAAUGAAAAGGAACUCUCACUCACCAACUAAAGGGGGAAGGCAGGAAGGGGGAUAAAAAUGUGGCACAAACUCAAAACAUAAA